AUGGCUGGCGUCGUGUUUCGCAAGGUCAAGCGCAAGCAGGAGCGCGAGAACAAGAAGCGACAGAAGAAUAAGCGGCAACGUAAGGAAGAUAAAGUAUCAUUUGAUAAGAGGAGCGUCAAUGUGCGUGCAAUUUCUAUUAACAACCCUGCUAAAACGAAUCUUGGAGUCACGAAAAUUACCAACAAAUUUAACAAUUUUUUGACGGAAGCUGCAAAUGGCGACAUCGAGUCUACGAGUACUGAAGACAAGGAAAUUAAAGCGUUGGAGUCGAAAUUAGGUCUAUCAGCUACUAAAUCUAAAGUAGCUCUGAAGAAAUUGCAAAAAGAAUACUCAAAUGACGGAUUGGGUGAAGAUUUUGUCGAGUUUUUAUAUGAACUGGAUCAUAUUUCCGAAGUCGUAAAAGGACGAUCUAAGUUCAGCGAGACAGCUCAUUCUGCUAUUAGCAACGAUCAAGUUGUCGAGCACGAAAAGCAUGAGGACAAUAAGGUCGACAAAAGGAAAAAGCUAAAAAGUGGAAGCGAUCCUAAAGACGGGAUGGAAAUAGAUGAAAAGACUCGGCGUGAGAUGGAACUGCUCGAGGCAGAAGACGCGGAAUUUUUAAAAGGAAUGGACGAAUUGCCUACUGAUGAGUCUGAAUCCGACACGGACCUUGAGCAGUUUUAUUCUGAUCAGGAAGAUGGAGAUAAAGACGAAGCACGGGUUAAUGCUUUAAAAAAUCAACGAUUGACGAGUGCGGAGAAUAAGGAGGAAAGUGGUGGGAGCGAAUGUGGCAGAGGAAGGGAAAAGGACGUGAAGGAGAGCGGUGACGAGAAGCUAGUCAAUGUAGAAAUAGAACGUGGCAGGGAGGGUAUCGAGGAAUGGAGAGAGGAGAGCAUUGUUGUCGAAGAAGAUCUCUACGGCCGGGCCGUCAUCAAGUCGCGUGACGGGUCAAACAAGCCGUCGGCUUAUUUACCUCCUCACCUACGCCGCAAACUUCAAGAUGAGGCAGAAGCUGCUGCCGCGGCAGCAGCAACAGAAAAGGUCAAGCCGUCACAGAUGGAUGAGCAGGCUAUGUGCGAGCUGACUCGGCUUAUUAAUGGCCAGCUGAAUCGCAUUUCCGAAUCGAACAUGGAGUCAAUUGCAUUAGAGAUGGAGAGGAUAUAUCGAGAAAAUGGCAGAUCGCUUGUUAAUGAAAUCUUGUUGGAAAAACUACUUCAGACGACGUGUCACCCUCGGCAGGUUAUGUUGCCGCUAAUCAAGGUAGGCAGUGCUUUGGUGGCAGCUCUUUACCACAGCGUUGGCAGUGAAGUGGGAGGCUUUUUUGUUGAAAAGUUUGUGCGUAAACUCACGGCAAGUAUGAAAGAGGAGAAAAGGCAGCUUAGUGAGUUUGUAGAUACACAGUACGGCAACGAAGAUGACGGCGACGGUAGAACAUCGAGAGUGCCUGUGAACUUGAUGCUGUUUGUCAUGAUGUUGUACAACUUUGGAAUUGUGCACUGUACACUCGUGUAUGAUCUCUUUCGAUCGUUCGUGGACAGUUUUUCGUCUACAGACAUUGAACUCAUUCAUCAGCUUCUGAAGGUUGGUGGUGCACAGCUUCGAGCGGAUGAUGCGGACGCUUUGCGGCAGAUGGUUGCUGCUGUGCAGCAUAAGGUGGGUGAGUUGCUACAAGCGAAUGGUGGAAAACAACAUGAAGAACGUGUUCGCUUUAUUCUUGACCUUAUUUACAACCUUAAAAAGUCGUCCAAGCAUAGUAAAGGCCGCAACUCUGGAAGUGGCAGUGGAGGUGCAAUGGACUUCCAAAUGCUAAAGAAAUGGCUUGGCCGCGUGAAGUCGAGAUGUGGAAAUGCUAACAACCCGCUGCGUGUAUCGUUGCACGAGCUGCUGAAGGCCGACGAAGAUGGUCGUUGGUGGAUCGUCGGUGGUACUUGGAUUGGCUACCAGCAACAGCAAUCAACAAAUGAGGUGGCAAACGACGGUGACGCAAAUAAAACUGCACGCGAGACAGACCGGCUUUUGCAAUUGGCGGAGAAGCAGCAUAUGAAUACAGACGUCCGAAAGAAAAUAUUUGUGGCGCUCAUGGGAGCGAGUGACUGCUUUGACGCCUAUGAGCGACUUUUGCAGCUGCAUCUAAAGGAGAAACAGGAACGCGAGAUUGUUCGUGUGAUAUUGCACUGCUGUGGCCAAGAAAGCAACUUUAACAAAUUUUACCUGGUGUUGGCUGAGAAGCUAUGCGAGAUGGAUCCGCGGUACAAGUUUACUUUUCAACUGGCCUUCUGGGACAUUUUCAGGCAGAUGGAGUCGCUGAAGCCGCGGAGGUUAUACAACCAGGCUCAAAUGCUAUCUGGGCUAGUGCUGAGUAGCAACUUGUCAUUGUCGUGUUUGAAGAUACUGGACUUUACUCAGUUGGAGGAAAAAGGCAUUCUGUUUCUGCGGAUUAUAAUGGAAGAGAUCCUUAAGGUCGAAAGUGAGUUGGAGAUGGCGCAGGUAUUUCAGCGUCUACUGAAGACGAAGAAAGCGCAGCUUACAAUCGACGGCCUUGCCGUCUUUUGCCAUCAGCACCUGACAAACUUUCGCAGCGAAAGUGAUCCGAAGGUGCGUUCAUUGCUAAAGAAGCGUGUUAAGAGUGUCAAGAGAUUGCUUGACCAGCUAGCUAAGUCUGCAGCAUUGUCCGACAAGGAAGCUAGUUUUGUGCAGUAG